AUGUUUCCAGAUACACAUGGAUAUGCCGAGAACUCCGGCUUUUAUAUUUCACUAGUCACAAUUCAGUACUCUACCCACAACUAUACUUCAGAAUUGGCCGCUAUGCCAAUUCCAUAUAUACAACGGCCUCCAGGGCCGGUCAUAAGACCUGAGUGGCACAGCGAGACAUGGUGCCGUGUGCGCCGGAGCUUCGGAGCGCGGGGAAUGGCAUGA